GUAGAGCCUGUUUAGAAAAUAAAGAUGGCAGCGCCCUUGGGAUCAAUUUCGGUGCGACUAAGCACUGCAAGCUUCACAUUUAAACGACGUAAAAACAGACCAGCAAUUACUAAGUCAGCUGAGGGUACAACAAGUGAUCUAUUGUCAACGGAAAAAUGCAUCGAAAAUAGCAAAACAAGUCAAGAAAUAACGUGUGUUCCAGUUAUAGUUGAAUUCCGACGUCUCCUCGAGAGUGUCAAGUACAAAAGCAUUGACGUCGUGCCCGGGAUUUCAAAUGUUGAGCUACUCCAUACUGUAGUUGGUCUCUAUGACACGUGUCUUCCUGAUAUCACCCCUCAAGUUCUCUAUUCAACUGUGACUGGAAAGUGGGCUAAAACACUUGUACUUCUCAGAAGUAAAAAGGAUGUGGCCCUGGAACUACAGCAAAGGCUUCUUCAACAGGAGAGAGAAAUAGAGAAAAAUACUGCACAGAAAGAAACAAUAUCACUGAACAAUAAUGCUGAUGUGAACAAAGACUCUGCCAUCGCUAAUGACACCCCAACUAAGACAAUAAACUCUAAUGCAGAUGUAGAUCCCAGCGUGACUAACGAUUCAGGUGAAACCAAAGAAAGUCCUCUCUUGAGACUACUAGAAAUCGGUGGUGACGGAGAGGCAACUAAUGUAAUACAGAACAGUAAAGCCAGUAAUAGUCAACCUGGUGGGGAAAAAGAUUAUGCUAAUGAUACGGUUGCUAAGGAGGAGGUGGAUUGUGUGACUAAGGAGGAUGGAGAGUUGGUUGCUAAGGAGGAUUUAGAAGAUGUCUUGGAGGAGGAAGAGCAGAGGAAGGUAUUCGCUGAUGUGUUCAGUGACUCUGACAGUGAGGAGGAAGAAAGUGAAGAAGAAGAGGAAGAAAGGGACUUUUCAAAAGGCAUCCAUGAAUUCCUGAGAGCAGUGAAACAGAGGAAAGAGAGGAGAGAAGAGUUGAGUUUAAACCCGACCCUGGAGGAAAUAGAAUCAACGGUCGGGAUCGAGUCAAGGAUUGUGGCUUGUGCAACUUGGGAAAAGUCCCACAUCCGUCCAGGUGAGAAGAUUGUCCAGAUAGACUUGAUGGGCGUGAGAAAGAGAUGCAGAAGAUGUGGUAUCGGGAGAUAUUUGUUAAGGCAAAUGAAAGAUGUAAGCAUUGUUGGACCUUAUGAUUCUCUGGUGGUGUAUGCUGACCAUUCUGCAGUGGAUUUCUUUGCGCUUCAUGGCUUCAGUGAUGACAUUGUCUUGAAUAGUAAAUACUCUGACCUAGCCGAUAAUUGGACCAACUGCACCCUCAUGUGCUACAUACCUCCUUUUGUUGGACAAACAAUUUUGAAGGAAACAGACAUGACCCUUGACCUGAAAGAGAUUGAGAUGGAGCUUCAGAAAUGGACAGAGAAAAGCCGAGAUGCGUACCAAGGUCAGGUCUCAUGCAUUAUGAGGUUACGACAUGAGGUCAUCGCACUUCGUGCUCUGGUGAGUUCACAGAAAGAUCUGAUCAGCUCAUUGACAGAGGAGCUUGAAAGUACUCAGACAGAUAAGCUCAUGAUCGAGAAAAGUUUUCUGGAGCAUAGAAUAGCAGCCAUCAAAGCAGGGUAUUAUGAGAGGCACUAUGGUGAUGGUCCAUCAGCAAACGGGACUGCAAAGGAGUCCCAGACAGAGAAUCAUUACACCGUUGGUACCGAUGGGGACGAUGAGGCAGAAGAUGAAAGCGAUGAUGAUGGGGAUGAUGAGGAGGAGGAGGAUCAUGAUGGGGAUGUAGAUGAAGAGGAGGAGGAGAUAGAUACAGAGACUUUAAUCAAAGCUCUAGAGGCUGAAGCAAGAAACUUGAAAGGUCGAAGACAGAGUUUUGAUAUUGGAGGCCUGGUUGAACAACGGGAGAUCGCUGAGCGUUUUGAAUCAGAGAUGAUUGACAAUCCUCGACCCGGAGCAAGAUGUCAUGUGACCAAGGUUUCCAUGGUAAGUAAUCAUGUGACCAGACAUCUGAUACACCAUUGGAUACGAUCUACAUGGAGCAAUCAUUUUACAUACUGUGCCAUUUUGUAGCAGAUUGAACAGUAACCAUGUAAAAUUGCUCUUUCCAAUAUGCAGCUGACCCUAACCAUUGUUGGAAGAAGCUGUAUUUUCUGAAUAUUAAUUGCUAUGGUGGGUUAAUUGGAACCAAAAUAGUUACAUUAGAAAUAAACAAAACUCAUCUGGCGUGUGUUUCAUAUAGCUGAUCGUAAGUACCAGAUUCUUGUGAGCAACUCUUUAUGAAACGCCAACUUGAUCACGUGAGGAAGCCAAGGAUGUUUCAUGUACUUUUUGUGGUUAAUCUGGUUUUACACCUGCUUGAAUCAUUAAGAGAGUUAAUAAGACUCUAGAGAAAAUCAUCAAUAGAAACAUUUAGGGGGGAGAUACUAUAUAUUGUUGUCUGAUUUGAUAAAAGUGAAUCACGUGCUAAAUUGUAGAUUUACAACAAUUCAUAAAGUCAAACACAACUAGGUUUUCAACCAAUCACAAUCAUGCAUUUAGGAACUUUGUUUGAUUUUCUCAGUUGCACUUAAAUGCGGUUCUUUCUGCUAAAGGCCCCAUAGGUAAUAGAGGAAUGGCUGAAAUAGUUCAGUUGUGAGAGAAUAAGACUAAAACGAUUGAUAAUGAUAUUUAGUGCUGACUGCAUCCGAAGAAUAUCUGUUACCCUGGCCAGUGGAUCCUGGCCUGUCUGCACAAAAUGUUCAUGCACUUUCUCCACUCCCUGAUUAGCAUUCCACCAGGAGUUUCCAAACCUCACAUCUUACCCAUGGAUGUAACAUUUUUCUGAACAGUGGAUUGAUACCUUGCCAAAGGUCACUGGGUCACUGCGGGAUCCAAGCAUACGUCCAUCACACUUAAAUACAUAGUUGUGUUUCGUAUAUAAAGCAUCACUGCACUGGAUAAAUUAUGCUUAGAGGACAUGAUAUUGUGUGAUUUUGCACUUCAGUGCGCAUUUUGCACUUAAGGACAUUCCCUAGUUAUAUUUGUGCGCAUCCAUAUCUGAGCACAUUUUACGCCAUGCACGCUGACUUCACAAUAAGGAACAUGUGAAUAAUCAGCUACAGUUAUCAGCUGAUGUUUCGAGUCAUCGGCACUCUUAAAGCAAAUCUUGAUGUGUAAUUUUACAAAUAUAUUAGCUAAAAAUAAUCUAUGAACCUAAUUUUCAAAUACUUCUCCCUCUUCAGAAUACUUUACACUGCAGUGCUGCCAAAUAUGACGAAUAUGGCCUCAAGUUUGAUUAAAUGGGAUAGUGAUGUAGAAUGUAGAUACUGAGACAAGGCUUUUGACACGUUUUUUGUCGUUUUGAAAGCGCACUUGCUCCAACAAAAGUGUUGAUAGUUUGAAAACAAGCAAAUAAACCCACAAUUCUAAAGAGUAAGGUCUUUAGCAUACCUUACUCUACAACCAUGCAAAAUUUGGUGAAAAUGACAUUGGUUUUGAAUUAAGUGCAGCAUUUAUUAUACUUCUUGAAUUUGUUCUAUAAAUUUCACAAUUUUUCAGAUAUGUUUUUGUCAUCUUUCACAAUGUAUUUUCAAAAUUGAAGGUGCUGCUACUCUUUAAAGAGCAAAUGAAUAGCAAUAUAAGUGGAUUCUUUAUCUUAAGUAUAGAAUUCUGAACUAUAAUGUCAAAUUUUGUGAAAUUUAGAUGGAAUUUGACUCAGUAAUAGAGGUAUAAACUCAAUGUUGUGAUCCCGUGGGGUCUGAAAAUGCAAAAUUAUUUUCAUUGUGUAUUUCUUGAGACCUUUCAAAUGGCUGAACUUCAAAGUUAGAUAGCAAAAAAUCAAGCACAUAAACCCGAUGUUAAAUUUUGCAUAUUUGGAAUAUUAAGGUGCUAAAGUAACUCUGUACAAAUUUUGGUUGAAAUGACAUGGAUUUCAUUUUAACUAUCGAACGUCCUAAUAAGCAUGACUUUAUAGUCACACUUUAUUCUUUGUGAAACACAUCCCUAAUUACAAGAUAAGAGUCAGAAUCAAUAUACCACAACACUACCACAUGGUCCCUUAUUACAAUGUAAGGCCAAAUGUUGAGACCAAUGUUUAAAAAAAAAAUUAUAUCAACCACAAAGAAAAUUGUACAAUUUUUCCUUUUUUUUACUUAAAUAUUUUUUUGUGCAGAAAAUCUUACAGCAUGAAUAAAUCUGUUUUCCUUAUUU